AUGCAAUCAUCUAAUCAAAAAAACAGUGAAAUGAAUCCAAUUCUAUCUAUAACGCCGUAUCCACCGAUUGUUACGCCUCAGGAUCUACUCGCGAAAGCAGGCGCAAGACUUGAAAAAAGCGGAAAAGUAUCCAGAAUUCCAAAUGCAUUUAUCGCAUUUCGCAUGGAUGUCUGUCGUGAAAUUCGUUUUAUGGGUGAUCAUAACAUUAGCCAACCUCAACUUUCUUUAAUGUGCAAAACUUUAUGGGAAAAGCAACCAGAAUAUGUCCGAAAUGCUUAUCAACACAUUGCAGCGUCCGCAAAAAUUCUUUACAAAAGAAUGGUUCAAAAUCGCAUACAGCAAAGAUUAGGAGAAACCGGUGAAAAGAAGACUUCGUAUGAACAAACACCGUUUCUAGAUGACGAGAUGAACGAAAAUCUUGAUCCAGUAAAUCAAGCUGAAAAUCCUUCUUUUGUGACAAUGACCUCUUCCGAAGUGUCUGCACAUGAUUCUUCGAUAUUAUCAUCUACCACAGCAGCUGGUCUCGCUCUUCCUACUUACAAUUCGAAUUUGACUCUUCAAAAUGAAAGUCAAAAUCAUAUUAUCGAAGAAUCGCAAAAUUUAUCAUCAAUUAAUAAUUUCAGACCUCCCGAAUUUAAUUCGAAUUUCUCUGAUCCCGUUCAAACACAAGAAUCCUUUUCAGCCGAAUCAUUCAGUAAUGAGUAUUUACAUUUAGAAGUUCAAACAUCCUAUUUUGAUCUUUCUUUCGGCAAUAUUAAUUUUGAUUUGAUGGAUUCGGGAAAUGUAAUGGAACCGUCGAGUUUUGAAUCCUUCAAUAACAGAGAUCAAGAAUUCCGUUCCGAUAUGCCCUUUCAUUCAACUUCUAAUAAUUUGAAUGAGAUUCAACAACCAGAUCAUAAUCUAAUUGAUAUUAUUGUUAUGAAUAAUAGUGCUGAGAAAACUCAUGCGCACGAUCAUUGUAAUGCUGGAGAUUAUAUUAUCGAAUUGCGCUCAAAACUUCAAUUUUUAGAGCGAAAAUUAGAUACUUUGAUAAAGUUUUUGAACGAGAAAGGAUUCGAGGUAAAUGAAAAUUAG